GCAACCCACAUGCGGUGAUGCUUCUGGCUAUGGUUCCUGGCUCCGCUCUUUGCGGCAGGAAUUCAUUGCAGUCAUAUUGCAUCCAUCGUGACGGCUCGCACGCAGCGUUCCUUUGAAACUGCUUCGUUUGAUCCCAGCAGCAUGUUCAGCCCCAGUUCUUCGGCUUCUGAAGCCGGUGAAGCCGGGUUUCUGCCGUACAGAGAGGUACACGCACAUCCAUGCACUCGGCUGCUGGUGGCCACGUUGACUGUGUUGGAAACUGCAGCUGUCGUCCCGACACUCUGGCUCGAACAGCGCCUUGGACAUGCAAAUCAUGCAGUUGAACAAAUCGUCCUCCGAGUGGCGUUGAUGUUGCUUCGUCUAAAUCCAAUCUGGAGGGUGCUAUCGAUGUGCUUGUACUACUGUGCUUUCAGUCGGUGCAUGGCCAUGUUGCCAUUUCCCUUCCAGUGGAGAUGCAGACAAUGGUUUCAAAUGUUUCAAAGUGAAUCCUGCUCUAGGCUGCCUGAGAUGCGCUGGGGAGCGGUGGUGACUUUGGACCUGUGGUUCUUUCUUACCACACACUUGAUUGGAGCAGAAGAGCCUCUGGCAACGAUCUCCAUAGCGCUCUUGAUCGUCAACAGUCUACUUUGCAUCCUUGACAUCCUGGCGCUUGUGAUCUUGCUACUUCAGGGCAAGCAGAAUGUGGCUGAAGUCUAUCCGGUAGUCACCUUUCAACGCCCAAAAGAAAUCAAGUGGUGCAUUUCAGAAACCGCAGGGACCGAAGGGACCGGCUCAACCUGUGCGAUUUGCCUCAGCGAAUUUGGCGAGGGAGAGUCCGUCCAGCUGCUGCCAUGUGGGCAUGUGUUUCACACAGAUUGCAUUACACACUGGUUGCAGGUCAGCCAUUAUUGUCCUAUGCGUUGUCCUGAAUUAGUCUUGCCUCCGCGUUUCGAAUUUGGUGCUACACUGCCGCCCGGCCAAUUGUACGAAUCGGGCAGAGCGGAAAGCAUAGUCACUCAAUAUGACGGCCCGUUGCUAGAAAGUGGGCAAGGUACAGAAGUGGAUGUCAUUCCGGAACUGUUAGUGCUUCCAGGUCAAGUUCCAAGAAGCUAGCAGCUGACACCGGAGCUACUUGCAUCUACCGAGUUUCAAAAAAUGCAGAGUUCCAUCAGUUCCAUCGGUUCCAUCUUCCCAGUGGGUGGUAAGGCCCACCGAUCCGAACAGCAGGCCUGCUUCAUGAAGAUCCAUGAAGAUCAUGGACUUCUAUGGAUCGCAUCCAACGAUAUCAACGAUCAUAUGGUCGUAUUUGUUCGGUUGCCAGUCGCCAACGAUCUGAUAAUGAGACUGGAGCUGCUCAAGCAGCGACAGGUUGAGGCCCAUCUGAGGCAAAA